AUGAGAUCCAUUUUGCUCGCCUUAGGUGUAGUUGCUCUUGCACCCAAUGUACUAGGUGACACUGGAAAUCCUGCUAUUGCGGCCAUUCUUUACAAGGAUGUCAAUUUCGGAGGUUCCAUCUCCACGAUCUAUAACAAUCGUGCAGGCGGAAACUGCAUCAAUAAGCCUGGAGGAGUAGACUACAUGUCAUCGUUCAGAAUUCGGAAAGGCUACACUUGUCGGUUUUUCGACAAUUCCGAAUGCAACCCGAAUUUUGGCGUUUUGGACAACCAGACUGAAGAUGUUGCGGAUCUUCGCAACAUUGGGUGGAAUGAUAGAAUUGCGUCGAUGCUCUGCUAUUCUUGA